AGGAGAAAAGAUAUAAGCGGCUCCCGGACGCUCUCAAGGUGCCAGCUGCAGAGUCUCCGUCUGGAAGAGCUGCGGCUGCCGAGGAGGAGGAGAACGCAGAGGCCGGUCGGACCGACGGACACGCCAACCGCCCGGUCGCCUCCAGCUCGCGCUGCCUCCUGCUCGCGCUGCACCACUAGGGUCACUCCCGCCCCCAAGAGUCCAGAGCCGAGAUGGAAACGAUUCAGGAGCUGAUUCCUCUGGCCAAGGAGAUGAUGGCCCAGAAGCUCAGCGGGAAGCUUGUGAAGCUGUACGUGGUGGGCGGCGUGCUGGCCUUCUUCGGCGUGGUGCUCGGCCUGGUGGAGACCGUGUGCAGCCCCUUCACGGCCGCCAGUCGCCUGCGCGACGAGGAGGCGGCCCUGGCCUCGCUGCAGGCUGCCCGGGAGCAGGAGACCCUCCGGAAGCAGGCCCUGAUGGAGAGAGGCAAGAAGCAGGAGGCCGUCCCCCUUAGCCGGGCGCUCUCCAACCGGCAGCACGCCUCCUAGGAACCGCGGAAGCCAGCGGAGGGGGAGACGGAGAGAGAGAGAGGGAAGGAGAGGUUGAGAUAGAGAAAGAACAAGUUUGACUGAGAUGGCAGAGAGCAGAAGCUAGGUGCUGUUGGGACUUACUUCCAAGAAGCCACUAACAUUUAAAACUGACCAACCACACGUUUCCACCAAAAGGAGUUUGGGAUUGAGUUUUUGCUGCUGUGCAGCAGUGCAAGGGGAUGACACGCCCAAAACUAGGUAUCUUUGAGGUAUCUGAGUGCAUCUACCAUUGUGCACUAGGGAGGAAGGAGGGGGAAUGCUUUUUAUAUUAUUGUUAUUGACCACCAUUUUGCAUUUUGAAAUUUUAAAAAAUGUUUUAUACUGUAUCUCGUAAUCUGAUUCCUGAGGGGCACGGUUAUGAGGGGUGCGUUUACUGGGAGGAGCAGGAGGGCGGGCUGGCAGUGCUGGUGACCUGAGCACUGUGGAGGGAGCAGCUUCCUGAAGGUCAGAUAAUAUUUCCUUCACUCCUAGGGACUCUGAUAUUGCUAUUAGAUACUUAUGUCUGUUGAGGACUCGUUUUUGCUUCAUGUUGGAGGUGGGAUGAGAGAAACUUGUUAAGUCCCCCAAGAUCAAUCAACUUCUGACCUGGAGUAAGUGAAAGGGAGAUAGCGAUUAAUUCUACAGCAGAAGGUAAUUUGCCACCUCACACCUGUCCAUCAGAGGCUCCCAGGGCUGACACCUCUCUUUCUUCCUAACUGUAUUUUAGCCAAUAAGAGCAAUUUUAAAAGAUGGGAGAAAAAGAGGGAAGGCAAACUCCCAAGAAUGCUUGAUCUGAUGGCAUGUGUAGCCCUACCCAGCCUUCCUUCUGUGAACCCUGAUAUAAUAAGAAACUCUAGGUUAAGAAAAAAGACUAGUCACAGACCUGAAUCCUCUUCCUCCAAGGAACAGAGCUUGCCCUACAGGACUCAGCAAAGGAAACGUUUGGACCAUGGCUCUUAAAGAAACAGUCAAGGGUCUGGGCCUGCUGCCACUCUCCUGGCACUUUCAAAAGGUCACCUGCCCUAACCAGGUAGUGACACUUCACUCCUGUCAUCGACAGCUAUGCAUUUACACCAAACGUACUAAUGACUUAUGUCAUUGCCUCUGAUCAGACCCUCUCCCCCAAACCACAUGCUUGUACACACAUCCUUUUCCUUUCUGCCUAAAAUCUGUCUUUAUCACCCCAAACAAAAGAGCAAUCAGCCUGGGGUAAAGGUUUUGAAGGAAGAGAAAGAUGUCAGUGGCACCACUAUUCUCCCUCUUUCCAAAAUGGGAAACUCAGCUCCAAAUUAAGGAAUAGCCUCACCUCAAAUGUCCAAAAAGCUCUAUAGGAACUCAGCCAAUUAUAUUCCUCCUGUUGGUCUUCCAAAAUGACACUCCUAUUACAUUUAUUACUUCUCCACUCACACUGCCCUUGUCCUGCUCUCAACAGCUCAGGCAUAUUCUCCCCAAAUCAAUCCAGUGCCAGACUGUUCUUCCCUCAAUGCCUUUCAGCCCACUGCUUCUCCACUCCUCCACUCAAAGUCAGAGACUAAACUCCAGGGCCAGGUUUUCAUUGACUCCGUGAUCUGGUUCCUUCUCAUCCCUCUUGCCUGACUUCACUUGCUGCCCACCCACAAUCUCCACAUCUCCUGAAACCGUCUACCUCAAAUUUUCCGAGAAGGAUGAUUUCAAAUAAAUAUUCUGCCUGUUGUCAGACUGUAUAUCAACUCGUGUGCUCAGAUUUUUGGUAGACCUCUGAAGGUAGAUACCUCCUCCCCAUAACUAUUCCAUGUUCAAACUACCCAACCAUCAAGUCCUAGCCCAUAAAAUCUUCUCUGUCCUCACUGAUCUCAUUUCUGUGAAUUCCUACAGGUCAUGCAGUCUGGGUCUUAUACUGUGUCAUUCAAUAGUGGAUUUUAAUGAAUUGCUUCUCCAGUUGUUUCACAGAGGCUGGUCAUGUCUCACAGUAUAAUCUUUUCAAGGUCAAGGAUCAUGUCUUCCUCUUCAGUUUCAUAAAAGUUAUCAAGUCCUGGGCAAAUAGUAGGCAGUUAAUACUUGAUGCCAAUUAAUCCAUGUAUGAAGUUAGAGCAGUGGUUCUCAGUGGAAUGGAGUGGGGAGGACAUUUGGCAAUACCUAGAGACAUUUCUGGUUGUCACAGCUGAGGGGAGGGCAGGGUGCUACUGCUGUCAUCUAGUGGUUUGGGGCCAAGCGUGUUGCUAAACAUCCUACAAUUCACGGGACAGUCCCCAUAAUAAAGAAUUAUCCAGCCCAAAAGGUCAGCAAGUCAAGGUUGAGAAACUCAGGCUCAGAGGAAAGGGAUUAUUUAAUAAUUUCAGAAUCAAAGUUUUGAGGUUAUCUCACAAGAAUAUAUCUUGCUGCAAUCAAACAUGAUAAAGUCUCUCAUGCAACAAGGCGCCAGUAAUUGUCUUUGGCACGUUCAUGUUUGACAAUUUUACCAGUAACCCAAAUGAAGUAACAGAAGGUAUAUUUAUGUUUUGUUGGUGAUGCAAAGCUGAGAUAGCAGAGUCAGGAUUCAAAUCAACUCAACAGACUACAACCACUGAAUCUAAUCAAAUGAAACUGAAUAAGGAUGAAGAUACAGUACAGAACUUAGGUCCAAAAACUCAAUUGGAUGACCACAGAACUGGGUAAGCCUACUCUAACAGCACAUCAUAUGAAAAAGAUCUAGGGAUUUUCACUGAUUACUACAAUCUUAAUAUAAGCCAACACGGGUUUGUAAUAGGGCUGCUAAAACAAACACAUACCUCACCAGUAGAAGUAGAAUGUCCAGAAAAAGGGAGGCAAAGGUGGUUUUAUUGUACUUUGCAAUCUGCCAGGUAGGAAAACAUAGAAGUUAAGUCAGACUACUCCCCCAUUGGCUAGCUCUAACAACUUGAACAAUUAUUUAAACUCUCUGCCUCAGUUUCUUCAUCUGUGAAAUAGUUCCUUCCUCAUGGGGUAAUUCUGAAGAUUAAAUAAGAUAAUAUAUGUAAAGUGUUUAGAGCAGUGCUUUACAUAUAGUAAGCUUUCAACCAAUGUUAACUGUCAUUAUUAUUAUUAUUAUUCUUUAUACUGUAAGAGAGAACUUGACAAACAAAAACCUACUUAGAUGAGAGUAACCAGGAAGGAUAAAAAUCUGGGUACCCUGCCACAUACAGAACAAUUGAAGGGACCAUGAAAAAGAAAAGAUGUAACAUUACAUGACAAUUGCCUCCAAGUGUUUGAAAGGCUGCCACACUGGGGAAGAAUUAUUUAUUUUAUCUAGCUCAAAAACACAGAACCAGGACCAGCAAGUAGGAAUACCAGGAGGCAGAGUUUAGGUCAUUAAAACAAAAAAAAUCAGAGUAAUUAAAAAACAUAAUGAGUUGCCUUGUGAUAUAUAGUAAGCUCCCCAUUACUGAAAGCAUCCAAGCAGGGGUUGGAAGUCAUCUGCCAGGAAUGGUAUAAACUGAAGAGGAGAUUUCUUUAUUGGAGGGAAGUUCAUCUGAAAGUCCUAUCCAACUAUAAGCUACUAGGCUUCUGUCUAGUUCAACAAUCAAACAAUGUGUAUAUCCCUCAUCCCUGUCCACUUCCCUAGUACUUCUCCUCCUCUAUGUUUCCAAUGCCUUUUUUUUUCCUCAUCAUGUUGAUAAAUAUUUCCCUCAAUGACUAUUAAAGACAAUAAAUUCAAAAUU